AUGACCCAAACCACAUUGUCUGCAGCCUUCAAGGGUAUGAUUUCCCAACAACAGGUCAUAAUUGACUACAUUGUUGGAGAUUUACAGCCUCUGAGUAAAGUGGAAAAGCCCUCCUUCAUCAGACUAGUGACUAGGGUUUUUACUGUUUCCUCCACAGUGUCUCCUCUAAGGGUCGUGCUGCUGGGGAAAACUAGUUCUGGAAAGAGUGCCUCAGGAAACACCAUCCUGGGGAGGGAAGCUUUUGAAAAGGACUUCUCACUUCAAUCUGUGACUAAAACGUGCAGUAAUCAACAUACUGUAGUGGAUGGUAGACAAAUUACAGUGAUUGAUACACCUGGAUUGUUUGAUACAGACAGGCCUAUGGAAGAGCUGAAGGGUGAACUGGAGAAGUGUGUUGAGAUGUCUGUGCCUGGGCCUCAUGCCUUCCUGCUGGUGAUCAGACUAGAUGCAAGGUUCACAGAGGAGGAGAGGAAUGCUGUGAAGUUGAUCCAGGAGAACUUUGGUGAGGGGGCGCUGAAGUACACUAUAGUGCUCCUCACUCAUGGGGAUGUGCUGGAGGGGAAACCAGUGGAGGAUAUUCUGUGCAAAAGUCCUUUUUUCAAAUUUCUUACUGAAUGUUGUGGGGGUAGAUAUCAUGUCUUCAACAAUCAGAGUAAAGACAGCACUCAGGUCAGAGACCUAAAGGAGAAAAUUGAGGCCAUGGUGAAGGAGAAUGGGGGAACAUGCUACACCAGAGAGAUGUACAACGAGGCGGAGAGAAGAAUAAGAGAAAAGGAGAGGCAGAAGGCAGAGGAAGAGGUGAAUGCCGCAAAAAGAAAGAUGGUUAUCGCGAAUACAUUGAAGGAGAACUUCGAAAAAGAGGUGCGUGACAUGAAAGAAUUGAGGCAGAAAUACGAAAAACUGAAGAGGCAAUUCGAAGAAGAGAAAGAAAGAUCCGGACUGCUGCUCAUGUAG